AUGCUGGCCUUGAUGCUAAACACGGGCUCGUCGAACCCCUGGGUGAUUGACGGCGGUUUCGUCACACAGCAAUGUGAUGGCUUUGGCUGCCAUUACUACAGACGCAAAUUUAACAGCAAGAAAUCGUCAUCGUUUUUGAAUGGGAAUACCACGCUGUUCCUGAAAUAUGCAUCAAGAUGGAGCGGUGGACCACUCGUGAAGGAUACCGUUUCUUUCGGCGGUCUGACGGUCAAACAGCAGGAAUUCGUUGAUGCCACGGGUAUAGACGAUAGUUUUGGCGGUAUGCCCUUUGACGGCAUCUUAGGGCUUGGCUGGCCAGCGCUUUCUGUAGGAAUUACUCCACCUAUGCAAAAUCUCCUUAGUAGUCUCGACUCACCCUUGUUCACCAUCUGGAUUGACAACAAGCUCGAUGUUGGCAUGGGAGAAAAUACAGGUCUGACCACCUAUGGAGCGAUCGACAGCACCAAUUGCCAUUCGAAAGUUGGUUAUGCACCGCUGACCUCCGAAACGUAUUGGCAAUUCGCUAUUGAUAGUUUCUCUGUUGAUACUUUUUCAGAAAAAAAACAGCGCUCAGCUCUUAUGAAGCAUUUAAAAUAUUAUGGGUUGCGCUUUCCACAAAACUUAAUAAAUCAUGCCAUCUCCGACACUGGCACAUCGUGGCUUGGCUUACCUGCUAGCGUUGUGAACGUUGUAGCGAACUUGACCGGUGCCCAGUAUGAUCCUAUCAUGGAAGAAUACAGUGUUGACUGCUCGACAGUCAAAACACAGCCCGAUCUGGUGUUCACCAUCAACGGCGUCCAGUACAAUGUCCCGCCACAGGAAUACAUAAUUUCUCUCGACAGCGGUUCUAACCAGGUAAUGCACCUAUUUCAACAAAAAGCACCAAAUACCUGGUAA